AUGGGCCCAGAUAGUGCUAUCGCAACGCCCGAUGAGCCCCCUGUCUUCAACUACAUUCUCUCAUUCCUCCUCGUCGGGGUAGCAUGGGGCUUCACGACCCCCUUUAUCCGCCGCGCAGCAGCGGACUUCCAAGCGCGACAAGAGCAGCAGCAAGAAGCUCAACAAACAGAGCUCCAGCCUACACACCAACCUCGAACCGAUGAUCAUGACGAUGAUGGCAGAAGCUCAAGCUCAAGCGACGAAGACCAACCCCUCCCUCCGCCGCCCUCGGAUCCCUCAGCAACGGCGCAACCAACCCCAGCCUGGAUGAACCAACCCUCCUCAUCCUCAUCCUGGCUCAAAAUGAAAAUCGUCUCGGUUUUCUGGACGGUCGUUAACCUUCUCCGCACACCAGCGUACUCGGUGCCGCUGGUGAUCAAUCUGACAGGGAGCGUGUGGUUCUUCCUCUUGGUUGGGAAGCAUGAACUCUCGCUGACCGUCCCCCUCGCAAACUCGAGCGCAUUCCUCUUCACGGUCCUAGGCGAGUGGUAUGUGGAGAAGAAGGUCAUUGCGCGGGAGACAUGGCUGGGGAUGGCGCUGGUGCUAGGCGGGAUUGCAAUUUGCGUCAAGUCAAAGUCGUGA